AGAGAGUUGAAGAGCAGAAAAGGCAACAGAAGUAGGUGGAAGCUGAGAGAAGUUCAUCUCGCAGACCACGCCAACCUACCAAAAGGAAUAUGGUGUGGGUGAGAAAAGAGAAAAAUGAGACUGUAACCCAGACUUUACUGGAGAAAGAUGACCAAUCUCUAGCUUUUCCAAAGGUGGCAUCUGUCAUUGUGAAUCCAGACGAAGUCUCGAAAACAACUUUUGAAGCACAAGAACAGUUUGGGAAUCUUGGAGGUGAAUCAAAAGAAGAUGGCACUAUUCAUUUUAGGGAAUUCUCAGUGAAUUUGUCAUGUCUGGUGUUGACAUUACCCUUGGUUUUCCAGGCCAAGAAGGAGGAGGAACCAAUCGUCUAUGAGUUCCCAGAGCAGACAGAAGAAGAGGCAAUCAUUGCUGAGGUUGUGUCUGCAGAUGAUAAGCCUUUUUCAGCCAAUACCCACCUAGUAGAGGCUAGGUAUUAUGAAGAAGACAUUGGUACCAUUCGAUUUUUUGGAAUGGAUAGACAUGGGAAGCCAAUUGGGAUAACAAAGAAAUUAGCGACUUAUUUUGUUGAAAAAGAAGUUCAAGUGGACAGGUCUAAAAUUGUUCAUGAAGGAGAGGAGGCAGACCAGGGUGAUGAAAUAACUUUGGAGGAGCCAGAUCUUGCCCCAGCCAAGUUGGAUGAUCUAAAAGCUGAAGUUCAAGACUCACUGGAAGAGAUCAAUCUUGGGUUUGAAAGUGAGUCAAAGAAUGCUAGAGGUACCGAUCAAAGAGCCAUGAAUGUAAUUUUUCAUGAUAUGGUUGGUAAGUUCAUGGAAAUCUACAUUGAUGAUGUUGUGGUCAAGUCACAUGGGGAAGAAGACCACCUAGUCCAUUUGAAAAAGGCUUUUGAGCAGAUGAGGCAACAUGGCUUGAAAAUGAACUCACUAAAGUAUGCCUUUGGAGUGUUUGCAAGUAACUUCCUUGGGUACUUGGUGCAUGAGCGUGGUCUGGAGGUUGAUAGGAACAAAGCUAGGGUUGUGAUUGAGGCAAAACCACCACAGAAUAAGAAGGAGUUGCAGACAUAUCUUGGCCAAGUUAAUUUCUUAAGACGUUUCAUUUCUAACUUCGUUGGGAAAACCAGAGUCUUUUCUCCUCUGUUGAAACUCAAAUCUGAGGUGAAUUUUAAGUGGAAAAAACACAACCAAUCUGCCUUUGAUAUGAUAAAGUGUACAGAAACCAUGUCUGGAGCUGGAGUCGUGGUUAUCUCCCCGUUUGGGCUAAAAACACAAAUGUCUUUCCAGCUGGGUUUCAAUUGCACAAAUACUCAAGCGGAAUAUGAAGCUUUGAUUAUUGGUCUUGAGAUGUUGGUGGAGCUUAAAGUAUCCAUGGUUGAGGUUAUAGGAGACUCACAACUAGUCUUGAACCAAUUGUCUGGUGAACAUGUGCCUAGAGACCAGAAUUACGAAGCUAAUGAAAUGACCCAAAUUGCUUCAGGUCUGCAGAUUCCUGAAGGUGUUGGGAUCAAGAUGCGUUGGCUGAUUUGCAGACAUGGUUUCUUCUGGCCAUUUGUCUUAAAAGAUUUUAUUGCUUAUGCUAAAGGCUGCAAAUCUUGUCAGAUCCAUGGGCCACUUCAAAGAGUUCCGGCCUUUGAACUCAAUUCUAUUGUGAAACGGUGGCCAUUUCGAGGUUGGGCUAUCGACUUGAUUGGUAAGGUUUGGUCUACCAGAACAAUUACAAUAGAUCAAGGCACAGUUUUUUUCAGCCAUCAAGUGGAAGCAUUUGCAAAGGAAAUGGGUUUCCAUCUGCUAAAUUCUACUCCACAUUAUGCACAAGCUAAUGGACAAGUUGAGGCUUCUAACAAGGUGGUGAUUAAUUUGCUUGAAAAAAUGGUGGAUGACAACCCUAGACGCUGGCAUGAACUGUUGUCUGAGACACUGUGGGCUUACAAAACUUCACAAAAGAGUUCAACCAAAAUGACACCUUUUGCCUUGACAUAUGGCCACGAUGCAGUCUUGUCAAUGAAGUUAACAGCCAGGUCUUUAAGAAUAGCGAUUCAGCAUAAUCUGCAGUCUGGGGAAUAUGAUCAAGCCAUGAUGCUUGAGCUUGAAGACCUUGAAGACACACGUUUGACAGCUUUGGAUAGAUUGCAAGCUCAAAAGCUCAAAAUUACAAAGUCUUACAACAAGAGAGUGAAAGCUAAAAAUCUGGCAGUUGGUGACUUAGUCUAGAAAGCAAUUUUACCUCUUGGCAAGAAAGAUCACAGAUUUGGGAAGUGGUCCCCAAAUUGGGGAGGACCAUUCCGAAUUUAUGAAGUGUUGAGAAGGGGUGCUUGUUGUUUGGAGUCACUUGAUGGGGAGCUUCAUCCUAGAAAAAUCAAUGGAAUUUAUCUCA